GGAGGGGCCCCUGAUCGCCAUUCUGGAAACGGCCGGGCGCUGUCUCUGUAGCGUAGCCGCUGGCUGUGAGGCGCGGGGCGGGGGCGGAGACUGCGUGGCGCAGGCGCGGUGCUGGGCUUCUCCUGGGUCCCCAGACAGCUGGAGGAGAUAAACAGAGGAGGAGGAGGGAGGGGAGUGCGUGUGUGAGAGCGCGCGAGGGAGUGUGAGUGUGUGUGAGCGCGGGUGUGAGGCGGUGCGCAGGGGCGGGCGGAGGCGCUGUCCGGCCCCGGCCAGGCGCCAGGCGGGGAGCAUGGGAAGGGGCUAGAGCUGCCCGGGCCCUCCAGCCCCCUCCCCGGGAUCCGCGCCCCCCCUCCGGGGAGAGGGGCCGGGCCCCCCGGAUGGACAUGGGCUCCUGAAGUUGCGCCGCCACCGGUCCUGGGAAGAGGCCUGACAGGUAAUUAAAUGUGUGUCUUGUGGACCUGGGCUUGGCUGGAAUGCUCAAGGGUCCUGAAGAUCCUUCUAUAGCUUCCUUCUGUUGAAUCCAUUAAGAGAAGAUGGCAAAAGUCAACAUAACUAGAGACCUCAUCUGUAGGCAGAUAAAGGAGCGGGGUGCCCUGAGCUUUGAGCGGCGCUACCAUGUCACUGACCCCUUUAUCAGACGGCUGGGCCUGGAAGCAGAGCUGCAGGGUCACUCAGGAUGUGUCAACUGUCUGGAGUGGAAUGAGAAAGGAGACUUGCUGGCCUCUGGUUCUGAUGACCAGCACACGAUUGUGUGGGACCCGCUGCACCACAAGAAGCUGCUUUCCAUGCACACAGGACACACUGCAAAUAUCUUUUCUGUCAAGCAGUUCCUGCCUCACGCUGGGGACCGCAUCUUGAUCACAGGGGCAGCUGACUCCAAGGUGCAUGUCCACGACCUGACAGUAAAGGAGACGAUCCACAUGUUUGGAGACCACACAAACCGGGUGAAACGCAUCGCCACGGCGCCCAUGUGGCCCAACACAUUCUGGAGCGCUGCUGAGGAUGGGCUUAUCCGCCAGUAUGACCUUCGGGAGAACAGCAAACACUCGGAGGUGCUGAUUGACCUGACAGAGUACUGUGGCCAGCUGGUAGAGGCCAAGUGCCUCACCGUCAACCCCCAGGACAACAACUGCCUGGCAGUGGGGGCCAGUGGGCCCUUUGUGAGGCUCUAUGACAUUCGCAUGAUCCAUAACCACAGAAAGAGCAUGAAGCAGAGCCCUUCAGCAGGUGUGCACACCUUCUGUGACCGGCAGAAGCCCCUUCCGGAUGGUGCAGCCCAGUAUUACGUAGCAGGUCACCUGCCAGUGAAGCUGCCCGACUACAACAACCGUCUGAGAGUGCUGGUCGCCACCUAUGUGACCUUCAGCCCCAAUGGCACAGAGCUGCUGGUCAACAUGGGAGGAGAGCAGGUCUAUUUGUUUGACCUGACUUACAAGCAGCGGCCGUACACCUUCCUCUUGCCUAGAAAAUGCCACUCCUCAGGGGAAGUUCAGAAUGGCAAGAUGUCCACCAAUGGUGUGUCCAACGGUGUGUCCAAUGGCCUGCACCUUCACAGCAACGGCUUCCGGCUGCCAGAGAGUAGAGGACAUGUCAGCCCCCAGGUAGAGCUGCCCCCAUACCUGGAGCGUGUGAAACAGCAAGCCAAUGAGGCUUUUGCCUGCCAGCAGUGGACCCAGGCCAUCCAGCUUUACAGCAAGGCCGUGCAGAGGGCCCCUCACAAUGCCAUGCUCUACGGGAACCGAGCUGCUGCCUACAUGAAGCGCAAGUGGGAUGGUGACCACUACGAUGCCCUGAGGGACUGCCUCAAGGCCAUCUCCCUAAACCCAUGCCACCUGAAGGCGCACUUCCGCCUGGCCCGAUGCCUCUUUGAGCUCAAGUACGUGGCUGAGGCCCUGGAGUGCCUGGAUGAUUUCAAAGGGAAGUUCCCGGAGCAGGCCCAUAGCAGCGCUUGUGAUGCACUGGGACGCGACAUCACGGCCGCCCUCUUCUCCAAAAAUGAUGGUGACGAGAAGAAGGGAGCUGGUGGUGGUGGCAGCGGCCCCGUCCGCCUCCGCAGCACGAGCCGCAAGGACUCCAUCUCAGAGGACGAGAUGGUGCUGCGGGAGCGAAGCUACGACUAUCAGUUCCGCUACUGUGGCCACUGCAAUACCACCACAGACAUCAAGGAAGCCAAUUUCUUUGGCAGCAAUGCUCAAUACAUCGUCAGUGGCUCUGAUGACGGCUCCUUCUUCAUCUGGGAAAAGGAGACCACCAACCUGGUCCGCGUGCUCCAGGGAGACGAGUCCAUCGUCAACUGCCUGCAGCCGCACCCCAGCUACUGCUUCUUGGCCACCAGCGGCAUCGACCCCGUUGUGCGGCUGUGGAACCCCCGGCCAGAGAGUGAAGACCUCACAGGCCGAGUUGUGGAGGACAUGGAGGGUGCUUCCCAGGCCAACCAGCGGCGCAUGAAUGCGGACCCGUUGGAGGUGAUGCUGCUCAACAUGGGCUAUCGGAUCACAGGCCUGAGCAGUGCGGGUGCUGGGGCCUCUGACGAUGAGGACAGCUCCGAGGGCCAGGUGCAGUGCCGGCCCAGCUAGGCCCUCCUAGCCCUGGUCCCCAGCCCCUGCUACCGGCUGGGUCCUCCGCCCCUGGGCAGGAGGUCAGGGGGUUCUGUUUUGGUUUGUCUUCCCCUUCCCCCCAUUUUUUCCUUUUCCCUGUUUUGUUUGUUAGUUUGGCAUUGGGGGUGGGGAUUGCUACAACUUGCUGGCUUUUGGACUUUUGGGCAAUUGCCCCUCGACUGGCCCCAGCCCUGAGCAGAAGAGCAGGAGGAGAAGCCCCUCCACAUGCCCACCACCACCUUGCACUUCCGUGUCCCUGGAGGGCUCCGGCCUGCCUCGGGUGGGGAGGCAAGGGCUGAAGCUGUCUUCAAGGACUGCCCUACCCUUCAGUUGGCAGCAGAAAGGGGAGUGGAAUUCCCAGUCCAUAAGGGCUAGCCUUGACCUGUUACCAUUCUCGCUUCUGGUAGGCAAGGCUAGCUCCCUCCUGGUCUUCAGGGAAGGUUCUGAAAAAGCAUAGGGUGCCCCCUUCCUUGCAGAGCCACUCUGUCAGGGUGGAAACAGAAGUAAGGAUGGGAGCCCUGGAGGGGCAAGGUCAAGCCACCGCUUCCUUGCAGUACAGCGUCCCUGCCCUCCUCCCAGGCACUGGCUCUGGGUCCUGCGCCUGCCCUCGCUGGCCACCCCGGGGGCUUAGCCUUUCCCAAGGGCCCUGGCAGUGUGGGGCGCCCCACCAUUCCCCACCCAUCCGUGCCAGCCCUUCUGCACCCUGGAGGCCACUCUUCCUUCGGGCGCUCUUCAGCCUCACUGUGACCUUCCUGCCAGAGCUCCCAGCCAGCCUCCUCUUGCUGAGAUGGCACUCCCUGCUAGGAGCCUUCCAGGCCCUCUGUGCCCUCCCUCCCAUCCCACAUGCUGAGCCGCCACAAAGACCAAAGAAGUGAUGGCUUUUCUCUGUCCCCUGCUGUUCUGGGGGGAGGGGGUGGGUCUCCUGAGCCACUCGGGUGGGGAAGCCCCUAACUCAGCCCCUCCCUCCUCAGCAGCCUGAGCUUUACACUGGAUGCAGCGGUCACCCCACCACUCACCAGACCUCCCUCUUUGCCCCCUUGGCUCUCAGCUCAGGAGCUGCUCCCGUAGUUGGUUCAUCCUUCCUCCCCUCUCCCUCUUCACUCCCCUCAGGGCUCACUUGGCUCCAGCCCUCCAGCUGCAGCCUCUGGGGAGAAGCAGCCUCCCUCGCUCCCUCCCUCCCUCCCUCCCUCCGCCCUGACUCUGCCAGGUGCCUCCUCUCGGCCAGGCUUCAGAAAAGCCCUGUAGACAGCAGGGCCAUGUUAAAAGCUUUUUCACAGUUUUGAGAAGAUGAGGGGUGGGAGUGGGGGGUGGUGAGGAUAGUGGUGGGGGUCUGGCACCAUCUCGUCAUUGCUUUAAUCCCAGCAACACAGGUGGCAGCCUCUCCCCCUUCCUCUCCCCCCCCCCCCCCCCCCCCCCCGUCCCUCUUCCCACCCCUCUCUUCUAGCUUGGUAAUGAAGUAUAUUUAUUGGUGAAGGAAACAGCUGCUGCUGCUGCUUCUCCUGCUGCUGGGACUUGCUCCCCUGUCUCUUCUCCACGACCUUUCUCCAGCCGGGAGGGGAGAGCGGGAGUACUGGGGCUGGGCCCUGGGGCCCAAGGACUAGCAGGGGCCCCUUUGCUUUCCUGUGUUCGAGCCACCCGCCAUUUCCUCUGUCCCUGCCUUCUGCCUGCCCAGCCUGGGCCCUGCCGUGUGGAGAGACACAUAAGCCUUACUGUCCUCUGGGGGCAGGAGCCGAGCCUUUUUGUUGCUCCGCUCCCAGGAGAGUGAGGGUGACGCAAUUGAUUAAAACCAUUUUGUUCUA